AUGCAGAACCCAAACUCAUCCAUGGUGGAUCCAACUUCCGCACCUAAACGAUACACUCCACCUAACCAAAGGAACCGUUCUUCGAACCGAAGGAGAUCAAGAGGAAGCUCCAUUGGCAACGAGGGGGAGAGAAGUCAGCCUGUUGCUGUUGGUUUCCAGAAGGAAAACUCUUCUCCAAGGAUUAUAUCUCCAGAGGGUUGCUGUGGGAGUGAAGCUUAUCAGCUUCUUAGUGGUCGUUGGGCAGCUGCAAUGCAUCUAUACAAUGACCCUACUGUUGAUUUGUCUGAAAGACCAAUGAUGUAUUAUGGCGGGGAUGUGUGGGGUAAACUGCCUCACACUGUGAAACCG